UGUGUGUGUGCGUGUGUGUGUGUGAUGAGAGGGGUGGGCAACGGUGGUGUGCUCUUGCUUUUCCAUCGAUGCUUUCCACCACCAGGCAUGCGCGUCGCAAAAGGCUUCAUUUUCUCCUGGCACACAGCAUCGCCCCCCAGCAACCAGCUUGCUGUUGCUCAACUGUGACAACGCGCGCGCAGCGUGCUAGCGUUGCAUCUGGAGAAGGCUCAUCAUGGUGAAGGAGACGCGGCUGUACGACGUGCUUGGCGUGAAGCCAACGGCCACCCAGAAUGAAAUCAAGAAGGCCUACCGCAAGCUCGCCAUGCGCUACCACCCUGACAAGACAGACGGCACCACAGAAGAAAAGUUCAAGGACAUCUCGUUUGCGUAUUCGGUGCUGAGCUCCGACGAGAAGCGCCGCAUUUAUGACCAGGGCGGCGAGCAGGCCAUCAAAGAAGGCGGUGCUUCGUCGUCCGCUGCCAGCGCACACGACAUCUUCGACAUGUUUUUCGGCGGCGGUGGCGGCCGAAGGGAGCGACGCACACGCACCAUGGUCCACGAAGUCAACGUGACGCUUGAGGAGCUGUACAAAGGAAAGACGGUGAAGCUGGCUGUGCAGCGGCAAAAGGUUUGCUCCGGCUGUGACGGCUCCGGCGCCAAAUCCUCAGGCAGCAACACAACAUGCAGCAAGUGCGACGGACAGGGGGUGGAGGUACGGCUCCGUCAGCUUGGGCCCGGCAUGGUGCAGCAGCUGCAGACGCAGUGCUCAAAGUGCAACGGCACGGGCACAUAUGUGGCGCCCGGCGACCGCUGCCCGUCAUGUAAGGGCAAGCGCGUUGUUCCGGAGCGCAAGAUCAUCACCGUCAACAUUGAACGUGGCAUGAAGGACGGCGACAAGAUCACGUUUGAAGGGCUGAGCAAUGAGGAGCCCGGGGUCAAGACCGGGGACAUUAUUAUCGUCAUCAACGAGAAGAAGCACGCCGUUUUCCAGCGACGCGCCGCAGACCUCAUCAUGGAACAGGAGAUUGAGCUUGUGGAUGCGCUGUGCGGGUUCCAGAAACAGAUCCGGCACCUUGACGGCCGCCCGCUCGUGCUCACGUCCCCGGCUGGGGAGGUCGUUCCACACGGCACCAUCAAGAUGGUGGAGGGCUGCGGCAUGCCCACCCGCCGCGGAUACCCGGAGUACGGCGACCUGUAUGUUGCAUUCAAGGUGAAGUUCCCCAAGUCUGGGUUUGCGUCGCCGGCCAAGCUGAAGAAGCUGGAGGCGCUGCUGCCGCGACGACGCGCGGGCACGGAUAUGAUUGAUGGCGAGGCGGAGGAGGUCACCAUGCAAGACUACGACCCAGACGAGUUCAACAACAAGCAAGCCCACUAUGAGGAGCGUGGCGAAGCGUAUGAGGAGGAUGACACUGGACCCAGGCGCGGCGGCGUUGAAUGCGCUUCUCAAUGAUCACAACGAUGAUUGAUAAUGUGUCGACGUGUCAUGCAUGUCAUGUCUUCUUCUUGAACCACGAACCAGCACCACCUUUCUGACCUUCUUCUGCAUACGUACCUUUGUCUGUCGUGUCGCCGUUAGUACAAUGUAAACAUCAUGAA